AUAAAUGCUCUGAGCCUUCGCAUCUCCUCCACCUUUCCCUCCCCUUUAUAAAUGAAAACCAGAACCAGACCCAAAACCAAACCCUAGUCUCCCUCUCUCUCUCUCUAUAAAUAUAUAUAUAUACACACACACACAUUCUUAGAUAACGUGUUCGUCUUCUAUGGCACCCCAAUUUCUAUAGCAAAAAUUUUCAUUUUCUCUAAAAGCGACGGUUCAGAUUAGGUUUAUUCUCCACCAUUCGUUUCAUAAAAGCCCCUUACAUUUUUGGUUUUUCUUCUUCAGUUAUCAAAACCCAAGUAGUAUUUCUUUGGGUCUGUUCUAAAUCUAAAACAAGCUUUGAAGAGAGAGAGAGAGAGAGAGCUUACUGAAUCUUAGAUACUGUAUUGAUUUUUUCUUGAUUCGCUCAAUUUCCGUCGUUGAUUAUGGCUCUAGCUUACCCUCAUUUUAUUGGGUCUGACAAAUCAACCGUCGAUGCGGCUCUUAUGGUAACCGCAUCGUCCCCAUCUCGGCCGCCUGUGAUUCUAACCCAGGACGAGCUGAAGAAAAUCGCCGCCUACAAGGCCGUCGAGUUCGUCGAGUCCGGUAUGGUUUUGGGCUUAGGAACCGGGUCGACGGCGAGGCAUGCCGUCGACCGAAUCGGCGAGCUUCUGCGGCAAGGCAAGCUGAAGAACAUAAUCGGAAUACCCACAUCGAAGAUGACCCACGAACAAGCCCUGUCGUUGGGAAUUCCGUUAUCGGACCUCGAUUCGCACCCAAUCAUCGAUCUGGCCAUCGACGGCGCAGAUGAGGUCGACCCGCAUUUGAAUUUGGUGAAGGGGCGAGGCGGGUCGCUGCUGAGGGAGAAGAUGGUGGAGGGUGCUUGCAAGAAAUUUGUGGUGAUUGUUGAUGAGACAAAGAUGGUGAAGCAUUUGGGGGGCAGUGGGCUUGCUUUGCCGGUCGAGAUUGUGCCGUUUUGUUGGAAUUUCACGGCACAGAGGCUUCAAUUGUUGUUUUCGGAGUCAGGUUGUGUUGCCAAGCUCAGGAAUUGCACCAAAAAUGGUGAGCCUUUUGUUACUGAUAAUGGGAAUUAUAUUAUUGAUUUGUAUUUCAAGCAAGACAUUGGGGAUUUGAAUGCUGCAAGUGAUGCCAUUUUGCGACUUGCCGGUGUCGUGGAGCAUGGAAUGUUUAUUGACAUGGCCACCACAGUGAUUAUUGCAGGCGAGCUCGGUGUCACCGUGAAGAAUAAGUAGAAGAGGUAGAUCUGCUGAUUGUUGUUUUAGCAAGGCUCUAACUUAUUUUAUGUAGGCUUAGUAAAAUUAUUGGUUUGCAAUAGAAUUGGGGAAGCUUUUAUUGAUUAGUAUUGUAGUAGGGAAAAGAUUUUGGUCUCCUAGCAUUAGCUGAUAUGAUUGUUUGGAAAUUCCCCUUGAAGUUUUGAUACGUAUUGAGACCAGAAUUAGUGAAAAUCAAUAUAAAGUUUGCAUUUUGCUAUGAAAAA